UAAUGUUUUUUAAUCAAUAUUCUGAAUUCAAAUUAAAAAUCCCGACAAUUUAUUUAAACUCAGUAAAUAGUCGAUUUUCAACUUUUUAGUCAACUGGUUACACACCUCUAAUUCAACAAAACAAAUGUCCGAAUCGUGCGCCCAUUUCGUAAGUUCCUCAAAUGAUAAUUUUGAUUGACGCCCUGAAAAUAAUAUAUUUCUACAAUACUGAGCCACGCGUAAACUCUUUUUAAUAUACAAUAAUAAAUAUUAGUUAGCAUUUUUUGAUAAACCUCUUCCAGAUUUAAAUUUUUUAUACAUCGUUCGUUAAUACCUACGUCGACGAAAGGAAUCAAGUUUCAUAAAUAAUGGUGUUUGCAUAAUUGUCUCGAAAUUUAGAAUAUCUAAUCAACAACUACAUUUAACUCUAGUUAGUUGAAAAGAGUGUUCGGCCUCCAAAAUGGCAGUGAUCAGUGCUCACCUUUCACCUUGCAGCUAGUGAAUAGAUUUAGGUUCCGAUCAUCGAUGUGUAACUCGUUAAAUAACGUACGGGGUACGAAUGCUGACUCUAAGGAGCAGUGUGUGCGAUGGUGAUAUCAAAGAGCAAGAAAGUGAAACCAAACAUGAGUAAUACUAUUAAAAAUAUGGACUAUAACUGGACACCUGGUCCAGAGUCACAGAACAACCAGGAUGGUGGUGUACCCAGGGCAAUCUUCAUUCCUCACUCGAACUCGCUGCCGUUUGAAGAACGCCGUGUCACGUUGGAGCAGCCAGUCAAGAUUGGCCGCAACUUGUACCGAGCGACUCCGAGCCCGACGAACACAAUAUUCGAAUGCCGAGUGUUGUCUCGACAUCACGCCACGCUCUAUUACGACAAGGGCCACUUUUACCUUGUGGACAAUAAGAGCAGCAAUGGCACGUUCAUCAAUAACAACCGGUGCUCCAUAUCGAAGGAGCAAGAACCGCACGAGGUGUUCUCCGGUGACGUGGUGCAGUUUGGAAUAUCAGUCGUGGAGAAUGCUGGCAAUGCUGAGAAGAACACGUUCCCGCCCGUGGUUGCUAUGCUCAAGCUGUACCAUCCAGAUGGCAAGGAGGCGAAACUAUCGUUUAACCCCACUAUGACCACACCUCUCGACCUCAAAGAGUUAUACCAGUUAAACAAUUUUGUACAGGAGGCGAUCCAGCGCGAGGCGUCGCUGGAGACGCGGCUGCGCACGCUGCGCGAGUGCGUGGAGCGCACGCGGGGCGAGGCGGCGGCCGCCUGGGACCUGUUCGUGGGCGAGCAGCGCCUGCUGCUGCGCGUGCACACGCUGGAGACCAUGCUGGCCGUGGGCUCGCAGCCCGACCCCGCGCAGCUGGCGCAGCUGCUCAGCGACAAGCGCAACUACCAGGAGGUGGCGCAGGAGUCGCUGCGCGCCGCGCACGAGCAGCGCCUGCAGCUCGAGGAGUCGCUCGAGCGCCGCAGCCGCGAGCUCGCCGCGCUGCACCAGCAGAACUACGCGCUCCGUCUCACCGCCAACAACGCGCUCGCCGAGCUACAGAAGCUGGCAGCGCGGUGCGAGCGCAAAAUGUGCGCGGCUCGGCUGGCCAUCGCGGCCGCGGAGGAGCGCGAGCUCGCCGUGCGCAACCAUCUGCCGCUCGCUUAUUCAGUACAAAACGGCGAAGCGAAGAUGUUGGUGGUGAGCUCAGACAGUAACCGCGUGUCGGAGGCGACGCGCGGCGCGACGCUGGAGGACGCCGUGCGUGCCCUACCUGACUAUAUCAAGAUGCUACUGCCGCAGCAUCUGCUCAACAAGGUCGGAAUUAAAGCGAUAUCAGCCGAAGGAAAAUCAGCGAAGGAGUUCGAAUUAAUAUUAAAGACAAAUAAUAUUUAUAAUACAGAGAGUAAAGAAAAACAGAAUAACGAAGAGGGCAGUGUCAGUGGGAGCGGCGAAGAUAAAACUGGCGAACCCGAAUCGUGUACUGACGAUGAAAAACAGUCGCGACUCAAUCACGACCCAGGUCACGAGGAGAGUCCGAGCCCGCUGGACGGUGAGCUGCACGCGGACAACAACGCCAACUCCACAUACAGUGAACCCAGCACUAGAGAAGAAUCACCUAGCAAAGCGGGUGUGGAGUACGCGAACAUUCUCCGCGUGAUGGCGGGGCUGAACGAGGAGAUCAAAGUACUGCGCGAGCGGCUGAGCGCGGCCGCGGCCGACAACGAGCAGCUGCGCGCCGCGCGCGACGAGCUGCUGGCCGCGCAGCCCGACCACGACGCGCACGACGUGCCGCCGCUAGACCCCGACGACGCCGCCGCCUACCGCGCGCGCAUCGCCGACCUGCAGGCUCAACUCACUCGUUCGACGGUGGCCGAGGAGACCAACCUCUCCGAGAUUCAGCGAUUAGCGUCGAGUGUCGCUGACAUGCAAGCAGAGCUCGCGUUCCGGCCGACUCGCGCCGACAUCGACGACCUCACCGCCGUCGUCGGCAAGCUUCGCGCCGAGAUACUUACGCGGGACCAGCAGAUCGAGAGGCUGCGUACCUCCACCGUGCGCGAGCGCGCCGUCGCAGACAAGGCCGUGGAGACCGACGUCGUGGUCGAUGAGCCGCGCGACACCCAAGAAACGUCUGAGCGAUCCAUCGAUGCCGGCAAGAUCUCUGCAGAGAUCGACGAGAUGUUCCGCCUCGACUACGACGACGACGAAGAGGAGACCGACUCCGCAGUCACCGAAAUCAACCGCGACGAGGAGGAGGCGGGCGAGGAAUCCACGGAAACGGCGGCGGGCGAGGCGAGCGAGGCGGGCGAGGCGGGCGGCGAGGGCGCGGCGGGCGGGCCGGGCUACGUGCGGCUGCAGGACGGCCAGCGCCUGCGCGAGGCGCUGCAGAACGGGUCGCUGCUGGCGCUGGAGGACGAGCUGGUGCGCGCCAAGGAGCGCUGGGCCGAGGCGUGCGACGAGCGCGCGCGGCUGGCGGCGGCGCUGGCGGCGCUGCAGAGCAAGCCGGCCGCGCUCUCGGCGCUGUGGCUGCGCCGCGCGCUGGCGCUCGUCGUGCCGCUGCUGGCCGCCGCGCUCUACUACGUGCUGCUGCCGCGCGCCUCCUGAUGGACGGCCACCUGGGACCCGCCCGGCUACGCCUAGCCCCGGCCCGUCCCGGUACUCUGUGCCACCGACCGCACCGCCCGGGGCUCGGCCCGUCGGUACCUCAUUUUCAGUAAUACGAAUAUUAUAAAAGCCGCUUCUUGUUUGCGCUCGCCGGCCGGGGGUUUCGGUAUAUUUAUGGAUUAGAGUAAUUAGAGUUUAUAAAAUGAUAUAACAAUAGAGUCGGUUUAUUGUGCGCCCUCGGCCCGCCGGCGGGAGUAGAACAAACAGUAGCGGGAGCUUGUACGAAGUGCCAUUUGCUAGCGAACAGGCGUGAUGACGCCGCGAGGGUCGGUGCUCGUUGUUAUCGCAUGAGUGUAUAUAACUUAGUAUUGUUUCUGUAAAAAGUGUCAGUAUCGUAUCGAUAUAUAGUAUAAAUUGAUUGUUGAUAUCUGCCAUAAUAAAUAACUGUACAUUUUAAAUUUUAAGGCCUAACGACUGUCCUAAGUUAUAGUAAUUAUUGUUGUAUUGUAUGAGAGCUAUCGAAAUUCUCAGCCGAGCGACAUUUGGUGACUACUCGAAUCAGCUGAUUUCCCUUGUUGAAUAUUUUAGGUAUAAUUGAUAGUGUGUUCAUCUUUUUAUUACGGUCUACUGGUGGGCACGGACGGCAUCACGGACUCGCGGCCGCAGCAGAGCUAUCUCACAUUGUCUCAUCGCUUCGGGAGCUAAACAUAUCAUUGUUAGGUACACGGUGUGGGCAUUUAUUCGUCGACGAACACGGACGUCCGGUUAAUUUGAAUGGUUUGCAUUUUUCUAGUCUUUAGAAUCGACGUAGAGUUGAUUGCAUGACGAUUUUUACAUUUUUAGAGCUUAUUUACAAAGUUUUGUCUCCUAUGUAUGACCCUUCGUCUGUCGUGGACGCAUUUACGCGCAGCUCUGAUGGUUUGCAGAUUUUGACAAUAUUGCGUAGCAGUGAUGCAUUUUGGUUUCGAGUCACGGGUCGGGUAGAGCCCGUGUAAAGUUUAGUUUGGGUUUUACUUUUAUCGUGCCACUAUUAGUUUGUUGGGAGUUCGUUUGAGUUGUUGUGCGCGAGGGAACAUGUUAUUAUUUAGUUGAGACGCAUCUCAGUUGUACUCGAGCCUCGGCGAGCCAGUUCACGUUACGGUCGACCCUCGAGAUUGCUUAGCUCUGUGAUGUGAGGCCAAUAGAUAAUUUUGUAACAAACUCGUGUAACUAACGAUUGAAUAAUUAUAUCCUUAGAAUUAUUAUAACUACCACGUUGAAGUCCACUGUCUAAAUAUUUAUUAUUUUAUUGUUGCACUGAUUUUUGUUAUGUUCAAUGUUUUAUUUUGUGUUUAAACCACCUUAUUGUAAAUAAAUUAUAUCUUAUACUCGUUCUUAUGUUUAGUUCAUGCUGUCGAAGACUUUAUGUUGUAUUUUAUUGAGUAAAAAUAAUAUGCAUUCAAAGUGGAUGUACUGAUAAAUUUAUUGGAAAUAAUAUUGAUUUGUUUAAAUCCCUGUGUUUUAUUUUCUUACGGUAAUAUCAAAUCUGAGAGAACUGAUUGACGUAAUAACACGCAAUGAAUUGAAUAGGUACUUUGUUAAUUAUUCAUACAAAAGGUUUUGGGGAAAAUCUAGCUUGUUUUCACAGUCAGUAUGACACAACUAGCGAAUUAAAGGCUGACUAACAAGACACCGCUCGUCGUUACGACACGCAUCAUCUAUUUAUAUCUCAUACAUCAGCUAUGCUGAUUCUUUUAGUUUAUUUGUUAACUGCCGCAAGUAUACAAAACUGGUUAUAAAAUUGACGAGUGCACUGCUUUAUUUAUAAAAAUUAAGUAAACUCCGACAUAUUGCCAUAGCAACAUUU